GAGAGAGAGAGAGAGAGAGACGCUUAUCGAUUAGACUCGUCGCUGGAGGAAGAGCUGGAGGCAACAAACAGCGCGUAUCGGUUUGGAAAAGUAGCGGCUAUUUCUCCUAGGAAUAAAAUGAUGGAGAACUUAGCUGUGCUUUACCUGAUCAGCGCGGUGAUGGCGCUCGCAUCUCCCGGAAGUGCCGCACCCGCGCCCGCGCCCGACCUCUACUCCCGCGGAAUGGAUUGGCUGAGCAGAUAUGGGUACCUCCCUCCUCCGGAUCCACGAACAGGGAGACUGCAGACCAAAGAAGGGAUGGAAAGGGCCAUCAGACAGAUGCAGAGAUUUGCCGGCCUGGAGGAGACAGGCAAACUUGAUGAGGACACACUAAGACAGAUGUCAGUGCCGAGAUGCUCACUGCCGGACAUUGUAGGCACCGAGGACAUGCUAAGGAAGAGAAGGAAGAAGCGCUAUGCUCUUGCUGGCUCCAGCUGGGAAAAAACUCAUCUGAGAUGGAGUGUCCUGAGUUAUCCCAGGCUUUAUUCCUCACUCUCACAGGAUCAUGUGAAAUUGAUUUUGUUCUAUGCGCUUAAAGUCUGGAGUGACAACACCAACCUCCAAUUUGAUGCUGCCUCCGAGGAUGUGGCUGAUAGCGCCGAAAUCCGAAUUUCAUUCGAGCACUCCCUCCAUGAUGAUGGCUACCCUUUUGAUGGGAAGGGAGGCACGCUCGCUCAUGCCUUCUUCCCUGGCCAGGCCGACAUCAGUGGGGACACACACUUCGAUGAUGAGGAGACAUGGACGUACGGGGCGAGAGAUGGAGAAGGCACUGAUCUCUUCACUGUGGCCGUGCAUGAGUUUGGCCAUGCACUAGGUCUCUCACACUCGUCAACCAAUCCCUCCAUCAUGCGCCCAUACUACCAAGGCCCAGUGGGAGACAUUACCAAAUACACACUUCCCAUGGAUGACCUGCAAGCCAUUCAGACACUGUAUGGAAUCAAUGUGAACAGAGCAACACCUCCCCCUAGUGGUCAUUCAACGCGUUUGCCUGAGCUUCCCAAAAAUCCAUCACCUACACGGACUACACAACCCAACCCUGGCCACCAGGAUCGCUGUGAAGGAGGAUUUGAUGCAGUGGCCAACAUCAGAGGAGAUGUCUUUUUUUUUAAAGGACCUUAUUUCUGGCGAAUUGAGCGGUCUGGAUCUUUGGUGUCACUCAAUCCUGCUCUCAUUAGAAACUUCUGGAUCGGACUGCCACCUGGCACAGACAAGAUAGAUGCUGUUUAUGAGAGGAAGACCGACAGUCGCAUCAUCUUCUUUAUAGGUUCAAAGUACUGGGUUUUCAAGGACACCAGGGUAUUGCCUGGAUACCCACGCCAUUUGUCCGAAUGGGGCAUGAGAACUCGCGAUGGGAGGGUGGUUGAGCAAGUCGAAGCAGCAUUUGUUUGGGCCCAUAAUGGUCACACAUACCUGUUCAGUGGUGAAGAGUUCUGGAGGUUCACUGAGAAUGAGGCACAAACGGUACCACCUCCAGAUGCAGACUACCCAAGAAGCGCUUCCCUCUGGAAGGGGGUGCCCAGCGUUCCUGAUGACAUCAUAAGCUGGGGAAAAGCAGGAGAUACAUACUUCUUCAAGGACAAUUCCUACUGGGUCCUAAAGAGUGGGGGGAUGGACCAGGACAAAGUGAAUCCUAAAUCAACAGCGAGAGAUUGGAUGUUUUGUCCUACUCCAACACCAGACAUCCAAUCCCCAUUCACCCCACACAUCUGCAAAUGCAACUGUAAAAGUAACAAGGCUUCCACAUUGACUGGAUCUUCACUGCUACUUAUUUCAAUACUGUUUCAGUGCAUCUGUGUGCUGAUUUAGAGUUUUUUUUUUUUUAAAGAAAUGAGUGAAAUGAUUGAUCAUGCAUAUUUCAGUCAGGGAUUUGUGGUUGCUAUGUAUGCUAUUUCACUGCUAUCCUGAAAUGCAGAGUUUGUUUACCAAGAAUUUGGAGUAAUUAACCUAAAUUUAAUCAAACAUGUUUAUAUGAUGAAGAUCUUUUGGGACAAUUUGAGUGCCGACACAAAAUGUAAAGCUAUCACUUUUUAUGACAUAUCAUGUUUCAAUCAUGUUUCAAUCUUCAAAUAUCGUAUCUUCUGCAGGGUGUGUGUAUAAGUUUGUGGACAUUUGCAAUUACCACAUAGACUUUUUGAUAAGGAUACAAGUGUAGGUAAGUGUUCUGUUGUCUGAUUGGAUUUAUUUUACGCAACUCCUAUGCAAUAAAAUGUAUUAUUUGUUAUAGUAAAACGUUUUGAGUGAAAAAAGUAUUCAAGAUGUUUAAAUAUGCAAGUAUAUGUAAUUAUUAAUUCUUGCAUUCAGUUCUCUGCCAAUGCUUUUUAAAAAUCUUAGUGUUUGUUAUGAAAUGUCUUUCUUUUAAUGAUAUACAUAUCUGAAUUAUGCCUAUAUAUUAAUUACCAUGAUUGAUAUAGAGCUUGUAUUUUUAGGAGAAAAAGAAAAGAGCUGUCUGUGUGGCCCUUUAUGAGAAGUGCAACCUUGAGCCGCCAUUGGUUCCUUAAAUUCUGCAAGAGAUGUUUAUUCUUAAACUUGUUGUUAUCAGAGGUUUUACAGGUUUAUUCUUACAAUCAACAAUCAGCAAGAAGACAAUCAGCAGAUAAAUGUAUUACAGCUGCAGCCUAACCAUCAAACAUGUACGGGACAUUUGCAGGUCAGAAUCCCCACAGCAGAACUGUUUACACAUAGACCAGUGCAGUGUUAGGAUUGAAUUAUGUUUUUUUUUUUUUCUUUGUUUUGCUUUCAUUCUAAUUACUAUUAAACUGUUUGUUUAAGCUUUUUAAAAUUGA